AUGAAUCGAGCUAGUAAGAGAGCACUAUCACUCCUCGACCAAUGCCUCACAAUGGCGCACAUCAAGCAAGUCCAAUCCCACCUCGCAGUCUCCGGCACCCUCUUCGACCCUUACGCAGCCGCCAAGGUCAUCUCCUUCUGCGCCCUCUCCCACAAUCCUCACCACCUCCGCCACGCAUAUCACCUCUUCCGCUUCAUGCCUACUCGAACCACCUAUAUUUGGAACCUCAUGAUCAGAACCUUCACCGACUCAAAUGACCCCACACAAGCCUUGUCUCUCUACACCAACAUGCUCCGAACCGGCUCCUCUCCUGAUAACUACACCUUCUCUUUCGCCCUCCGUGCCUCCGCUGCUCUCUCUUCCCUUUAUUUCGGUGUAAUGAUUCAUACCCAUGCGAUUCGGCUGGGUUGGGAGUCUUACGAUUUUGUGCAGAAUGGGCUUGUACAUCUGUACGUGACGUGUGAGUCUAUGGAUUCAGCUCGCAAGCUCUUUGAUAUGUGCUUUUGUAAAGAUGUUGUUACAUGGACGGCUUUGGUUAACGGGUACGUGAAAUGUGGGCAGAUUGUGACUGCACGCCACCUGUUCGAUGAAAUGCCUGAGAAGAAUGCGGUUUCGUGGAGCACGAUGAUUAAUGGUUUUGUGCAUUUGGGGAUGUUUAGAGAGGCUUUGGAGGUUUUUGCUGAUAUGCAGGCUGCUGGGGUUUCUCCUAACCGUGCUGGGAUUGUCGGCGCGCUCACUGCUUGCGGUUAUGUUGGCGCGUUAGACCAGGGGAGGUGGAUACAUGCGUAUGUUAAGAGGAAGGGGAUGAGAUUGGAUGUGGUGUUGGGGACUGCGGUUGUGGAUAUGUAUGCAAAGUGUGGUUGUGUUGAGACUAGCUGUGCUGUGUUUGAUGAGAUGCGGGAGAGGGAUGUGUUUGCGUUUACUUCUUUGAUUUCGGGGUUUGCUAAUAAUGGUGAGUGUGUCAAUGCUGUUUCGUUGUUUAAGAGAAUGGAGGAUGAGGGAGUUGCGCCGAAUGAGGUUACGUUUGUGUGUGUAUUGAGUGCUUGCAGUCGAGUGGGGAUGGUGGACGAGGGAUUGAAAGUCUUCAGAAGUAUGAAGAGUAGGUUUGGGGUAGAGCCAGGGGUGCAGCAUUAUGGUUGUUUGGUAGAUUUACUGGGGAGAGCUGGGAUGCUAGAGGAGGCAAAGAAGGUUGUCACGAAGAUGCCAAUGGGACCAGACUCGUACGUCUUGGGUGCAUUGCUCAAUGCAUGUAGAGUUCAUGGAGAUCUUGAUUUGGGGAAAGAAAUGGUGGAGCGUUUCACUGGGCAAAGACUAGACCACAGCGGUGUGCAUGUUCUUCUUUCAAAUAUCUAUGCCUCUGAAAACCAGUGGGACGAUGUCACACUCUUAAGGAAGGGAAUGGAGGAAAAAAGGGUGAGAAAGGUCCCGGGGUGUAGCUUAAUUGAAGUCAAUGGCGAGGUUUAUGAAUGUACUGCUGGAGACAGGUCACAUAUGCUCAUGCAGGAAAUCAUGUUAUUGUCAUUUGCGACUCUGAAGCACUUAAAGUCCUUUUGGUUUGAUGGUGAUGACAAAUAAACUGAAGUUGUAGCUGAGGCUCAGUUUAUACACAAAUUCUAUUGAGAAAACCUUCAUUUGUUGUUGAACUGUCUGUACCUUUCUUCCCAAGUCUUCUUCAUUCCUAUAGUGUUUUGUUAAUCGCAGUAUCAUGACAAGUGAUCCUUGCAUUGUUACAACUACGUCUGCCUCUUUAGACCACUCCAUGGGGAGCUCAGCUACCAAGUUGAUAACCAUGAGGUUGAAUAUCUUCGACUUUGUUAUCACUUCUUCUGACUUAAGAUAUAGUUGUUAGGGAAAACUCUUUUUGCAGAACUAUUUCAUCUGAAGAAAAGAGAAGCCUUAGAUAAUCAAUUGUAUUCAUAGUGGAAAUGCAGUUGGUUGAUGACCUUCUUCCUUGUGCCGGAGUUGGAGCUCUCUUAACAAGUGGCUCAGGCAAUGAAUAAACUCAAGUAAUCCUUUCACUCUCUUCAUUUUUCCAAUAUUACCGGACUUUAUAAUUGCUAUGUUGUCGCACUAUCAAAUUUGAACCUUCUAUGAGUUGAGACUGGU